AUGUCCUUUGGCGUUGCGGGCACGGGCGGUGUGAAAGCCCAGUGCGGGUCAAUAGCCGACACGCCGAUACAUGAUGGUGAUUGGGACUUUUCGCCGAAGCCCAGCAAGAUGAAGCAGACUGCCAGGGGGCCGAGCCCAAGCGCCAAGGAAGCCCAGACCUCCGCCACGAGCCCAUCUCUCAACCAGCUGAUCGAAGAGUACAAGCAGAACAACGGCAUCUUGGACUACGAGGUCGUCCACGACGGCGUCCACGUUUUUCACGCCGAGUGGGACACCGAAGGCGUGUAUUUCUACCAGGCCUUCUCCGACGAGAUCGCCGACUAUGCCCUGCAGCACCAGCGGUUCGGCGGACCUAUGUUCAACCCCACGCGCAUGACGUGGAUCAAGCCGAGCUUCGCGUGGGUGCUGUACCGCAGCGGGUACGGUUGGAAGGACAAGAAGCAGAGCCGAGUCUUGAAGACCAAGUUGUCGCACUCGGCCGUCGCAAAGCUCCUGACCCGGUGCCAGUGCAAGCACGCGGGUGGGGGAAGCAAGGGGCGCGUGCAGUGGGACCCAGAGCGUGACCUGUUCUCUGGGGACGGUGCGCACGGUCGCCACGAGCCGAGGAAGAUGCUCAGGCUGCGCAGUAUUCAGAUCGGUCUGUCGCGGGACUUGUCGCAAUUCUACGUGGACAGCACGAUUUCCAUUCAGGACGUCACAGAAUUGGCGAACAGGGUGGGCGAGGCGCACGCAACCAAAGUUCACAAGACUACAAGCAGCCUGGAGUUGAUGGAAGCAUUGCUGCCUUCGCUGCCGGUCGAGCGACCCUACCUGCCUUGUUGCUUGGACAAGACGCUCGUCAGACUAAUGAUGGCUUGGCCCGACGACCCAGCGGAGAAGGCCGCCCUGAUCAAUGAGAGAGAUUGCGGGCGUCCAUCGUUCAAGCGCCACGGGCGAUCUGCGCCGUCAGACUGCCGGGAUGGUUUAGUCAACGCGGUGUCGCACAUUAACGAGCAGGAGCGGCUGUGCGACUCACAGGCGAUCUUCAUGGAGCGGCCGGCGCGGCGGGGCCUUGGGCUGGAGCCCGAGGCCGACUGGGGCCCCCCCGCGGAGCCGCGCAGAGGCCGCCCAUGGGCGGGCGCGGAGGACACCAGGUGGGUGCACGACAUGUACCAGGGGCCGCCAGCCCGCGCUCAGCGCGGGGGCGGCCGGCCCGGGGCGGUGAGCAACUGGCUGGACCCGCUGUCGGAGGACGGCCUGCGGAGGUGGCCCUGGCGCCUCGGUCACCGCCUCGGCGGCGGCGGCCGGCGCGGGCAGCCGCCUCCGGGCCUGGUCGGAGGAUGA